GCUCUUGGCUGGAAGCAUGCAGCCCGACGGAGAGGACGCCAUGGCGUUGCCAUCGCCAGCUGCGGCGGCGCUCGUCGCCACCGCCAGCGUCGCGACGCAAGCUGCCGUGGCGAGGCAGCGGCAUCGCAAGCGCAGCCACGAGGAAUCGCGAAGCGCGGAUUUCGGUAGAACAAAUGGGGAGCUUCUUGUGGACGAUCGCAACAAGUACCGGAGCAUGAGGACUCGAGUCCAGUCGUCGGUGCUCAUGAUCGGUGGCUUUGCGCUCAUCGUCUAUCUCGGCCACCUCUUCAUCGCCUUGAUGAUCGUGGUCAUCCAGGUGCUCAUGGCCAAAGAGCUUUUCACGCUCGCGAGAGCUUCUCACAGGGAACGAGAUGGACAGCCUGGCUUUAUUAGGCUUAAUUGGUACUUUUUCUUCACAGCCAUGGUAUAUGCCUACGGUAGGUUCUUGAAAAAGCAGUUUGUGAAUACCAUCUCAUCCGACAAGAUUCUCCUCAUGAUCUUCAGCGGGCUCAUCAAGUAUCACACGAUGAUCUGCUAUCUGAUCUAUAUCACAGGAUUCGUUUCGUUUAUCCUCACCCUUAAGAAGCGGAUGUAUCGGCAACAGUUUGGAGAGUUUGCUUGGACGCAUAUGAUACUGUUCGUCGUUUUCGCGCAGUCGUCUUUCACUGUCGCAAAUAUUUUCGAAGGCAUAAUAUGGUUUCUUCUCCCGGUCUCGCUGAUCGUGAUCAACGAUAUUGCUGCCUACUUGUUUGGAUUCUUUUUUGGACGAACGCCUCUUAUAAAGCUGUCGCCGAAGAAGACUUGGGAGGGCUUUAUUGGUGCUUCUGUCACGACUAUAAUAUCUGCUUUUUUGCUGGCGGAUAUCAUGGGAAGGUCACAAUGGCUGAUUUGCCCGCGGAAGGAUUUGACAGUGAGUUGGCUGGAGUGCGAUCCGGAUCCCGUGUUUAAGGAUGUUCAAUAUCAACUUCCGUCCUGGAUAACCUUUGUGACACGCCGGGAGUACGUAGAGGUGAUGCCUUUGCAAAUUCAUGCACUUGUGUUUGGAUUGUUUGCCUCGAGCAUUGCCCCCUUCGGUGGAUUUUUUGCCAGUGGCUUCAAAAGAGCAUUCAAGAUAAAGGACUUUGGAGACAGCAUUCCCGGGCAUGGAGGAAUGACAGACCGCAUGGACUGCCAGAUGGUUAUGGCCGUGUUCUCGUACAUUUACCUCCAGUCCUUCAUUUCUUCGCACAACUACACUGUAGAAAGCUUUCUGGCGCAGAUUCUAGCCCAUCUUUCCAAGGAGGAGCUGAUAGAACUCCACUUACGGCUUACAAAUAUCCUGCUGCAGCAGAACUAAAACUAGCUUUUGUGGUCACUUGUAGGAGCUGCUGUACAUUGUACUGUAACUUCUAGGCUGGUGUAUAGCUUUUACGUUGCGAGAAUCGAUUCAAGUAGCAUA